UGUGUGGUCCCCUUCUCCGCUCGCCGAGCCAGCCCGCUGUCACCAACGACCCCCGGGGUGGUGGUGUCUGCCCUCACAAGAUAAACAAAAAACAAAAAGAAGACGACGUCUCGGAUCGCCGAUGAAACCAAAACUUGCGUUCUUCGCGUUUUUCAUUUUUAUUACUGUUUUUAUCGAUUCAGUGCAGGCGGUUCAUCCGGUGGUUCUUGAGACAAAGCUUGGGGACAUCAAGGGCACUGAGUUCUUCUUUUUGUCAAAGAAAAUUCGAACUUUUUUUGGUGUCCCAUUCGCGGAGCCUGCAGUCGAAGAUUUUCGUUUUCGAAAACCUCGGGAAAAGAAACAAUGGAGAGGACUCUACGAUGCGACAAAACCGGCGAACGCCUGUUUUCAGACAAGGGACAAUUAUAACACGAGCUUCUGGGGAAGUGAAAUGUGGAACGCGAAUACUCAAAUUAGUGAGGACUGUUUAUACCUGAAUAUUUGGGCUCCCGCGGAUGCUUACAAUCUCACAGUGAUGGUGUGGUUUUUUGGAGGGGGCUUCUACUCUGGAAGCCCGUCAUUGAGUAUCUACGACGGGAAAGCCUUAACCUCCACCCAAAACGUGAUUGUCGUGAACAUCAACUACCGUCUCGGCCCGUUCGGAUUUCUCUACCUGGGCCACCCAGAUGCUCCCGGAAACAUGGGCCUCCUGGACCAGCAAUUGGCGCUUCAUUGGGUUCGUCAAAAUAUUGUGUCAUUUGGCGGAAAUCCGGACAAGGUGGCCGUCUUCGGUCAGUCAGCUGGAGCCGCCUCGAUCGUCGCUCAUCUGAUUGCACCAGGCUCCCGAGGAUUAUUCAAAAAUGCCAUUCUUCAAUCCGGAAGUCUCGAGAACACCUGGGCGAUUAAUUCUCCAUUUCGGGCAAAACAGAAGUCGGAGAAACUUUUGGAACUUGUCGGGUGCAAUAAGACUACGGUGGACACCUCAAUGGCAUGCCUCCGUCUAGUGUCUCCGGAACAAUUGAGCCUGAGCACUUGGAACAUCUCUCUGACUUAUCUCGAAUUUCCGUUUGUCAUUGUCUCGCGUGACAAGCACUUCUUUGGCCAUCUAGACGCGCAUGCGGCGUUGCGUGAAGGCGAUUUCAAUAGAGAUGUGAACCUGAUGAUUGGGAUGAACAAGGAUGAAGGCAACUAUUGGAAUAUCUACCAGCUACCACAGUUUUUCGACAAGGCCGACCCUCCAGAGUUGAACAGAACGGAGUUCGAUUUUCUCAUAGAUCGAACAUUCUCAAUUCAACCCGACAUCAUUCGUUCAGCAGCCAAGUACAUUUAUUCGGAUCCGAAUUGCACAGAUCACGGAAGAAAGACUCGAUUCUAUGCGGGCCAAAUGAACCAAAUCGUCGGAGAUUACUUUUUCUCGUGUGAUUCAUUGUGGCUAGCUGAUCAGUUUCGUUCAAUUCCGAGAGUAAAAUCGAGUUCGCCACAGAGGAAACCCGGGAAAGUUUUUGUGUAUCAUUUUACACAGUCUUCGAGCGCAAACCCUUGGCCAAAAUGGACUGGCGCAAUGCAUGGAUACGAAAUCGAAUAUGUUUUCGGAAUUCCGUUAAGUUAUUCAAAGAAUUAUAAGCGAAGAGAACAGAUAUUCUCUCGAAAAAUUAUGCAGUUUUGGGCGAGUUUUGCCAAAAAUGGAACUCCAAAGCUGCGUGUUCUAAAAAAUAGCGAACAUUGGCCAGAGUUCAACGAGCAGAAUCAUUAUCGUUGGAUGCAGCUCCGCAGUGGCUCAAAUAUUCGACCGAUAAAACCGAAAAAGCAAGUGGAAUGCCAGUUUUGGAGAAGAGUCAAGGAUACAGAGUACACGGCAUACUUGACACAAGAAUACUCAUCAAGCUCCUUGACAACAUAUUCCUAUUGGCUACUACUCUAUAUUCCAUUAUUCAUUUUCCAAAUUUUCUGAAAUCAUUUCUUUCCACCCCUGAUCUACUAGUCCGAAAACUCCCCCCCCCCCCCCAGUUUCAGUUCAAUUUGCGGGCUUGUUUCUUUUUUGAUCUCUUUUCAUUUUAUCAAAAUAAAUGCCAAAUUCUCAAAAUUC